UUUCUGUUCUACUUUCAGGAUCUCCUCACUGGCCUGCUCAUUCAACCUGGGGAAAUAAAAAAAUAGAUACAAAUCUGGAUAGUGAAGGUGGAAGGCUGCAACCGGAGAUGCACCCCCGUCUACUCCCACUCAUAGGAUGACAAAUUAGUGUUUACAAAGGCAAAGGAGCAAGAAAUCAAACCCUAGGAUCGCUGCUCUGUUUUUGAAACACGCUGAGCUGUCAGUGUGGAAGAAGCGAGGCUUGACACCUCUUGAUGUGCCGUCGCUAUCCUGGAUCAGAUGUUGUCCACAGCUCAGCAGAUGCUGCAGGACAGCCGCUCCAAGAUUGAGCUGAUCCGACUGCAGAUUAUCAAAGUCACCCAGGCUGGUGGCGGCGGCGGAGAAGGUGGAGGAAACCAAAACAUCCCUGCUGAUGGAGAAACGUCUCCUGUAGCUGUCAGUCCCGCGGACGCUCGCUUGGCAGAGCUGCAGCACUACAUGCAGAGAGAAACCGAUGCGCUGGCGCUGCACAGAGACGUGGUGAAGCAGCUGCAGGGCAUCUCAGAGCUGGACCAGAACGCUCUGGCUGAGGCUCGAGUUCGGGUGCAGGAAUCCUCGCAGAAGCUUGAACUUCUCCGAUUAGCGCUGGAGAAAUGCCUGCAGGAACAGAACCACGAUUCUCCACGGCUUCCUGCGGAGGCGAUCGAUCCUCCGGAGGGAACGGCGUCGCCUGAAGAACGCAGAUCGUCGCGUCUGCUCCCAACCUCGCCGUCCAUCUUCCCCGUCCGACCUGCAUCUCUAACUGGGAAACUUGAACUGAGACUGCUGGGAUGUGAGGAUUUACUGAAACCCCAGUCAGAAUCAGAGCAGGAAAAUCCUUCGGUUCCCUCUGAAAACGGUUCGGCUGUUCUUCAUAAGACUGACGGACCGCUGACCGAGGUCAGUGCGGUGCUGCGGCUGGACGGCCGGGUCGUCGGCCGGACGCGCUGGGCUGCAGUCGGUGGCCUCAGCUGGGAUCAGGUGUUCUACAUCCAGCUGGAGCGGUCUCGAGAGCUGGAGGUUUGCUUGUUCUGGCGGUGCCGGAGGACGAUGUGUGCGGUCAAGAUCCUGCGUCUGGAGGAGUUAAUGGGGAACCCAGACCACAACCAGGGCUUCAAUCUGGAGCCGCAAGGCCUCCUCCACAUCCAGUUUCAGUUCAUCGACACCGUGGUGGAGCGGCAGCCUAAACUGAGACGUCAGCGAUGCAUUUUCACAAAAGAGAGAGGAAAGAAUUUCCUCCGAGCUGCUCAGAUGAACAUGAACUUUGCCACCUGGGGCCAUCUGAUGAUGAGCAUCCUCCCUCACUACAGCUCUUUCGCCACCUUCAGUUCGCAUCUCUCCACAACGGCGGACCUGAUCGGACACAGUCCUCCGAAUCCGACGGAAAAGAAGCCUGAUCCGACAUCUUCACUGCCAAGCAAAACUCCGCUAAUUAGACUGAGUGUCACUGAGGACCAUCCGCCUCCCAUCGACAUCAAGCAGCAAGAAAACAUCAUCACUAAAGAAGAGAAGACAUCAUCAGUGCCUGCACUGCAAGAAAAACUGAUUUCCAUACACCCACCUUCCAGUCCAAACACCGCAGAAGAAUGUGAGGAUCAGCCCGUAUCUCCUCUGAAGAUGAAGGUUGAAGAUUUUAAAUAUACUUCAGUUCUGGGAAGAGGACACUUUGGAAAGGUGCUACUGGCCGAGUUCACGAAGACAGGACGACUGUACGCCAUUAAAGCCUUGAAGAAACGAGACAUUGUGACUCGUGAUGAAGUGGACAGCCUUAUGAGCGAGAAGCGGAUCUUUGAGAUGAUCAACGCCUCCAGACACCCCUUCCUGGUCUACCUUCACGGCUGCUUCCAGACCGCUGAUCAUGUCUGUUUUGUCAUGGAGUAUCUACCCGGCGGCGACCUGAUGAUCCACAUCCACACUGACGUCUUCUCAGAAGCUCAGACCAGGUUCUACUCAGCUUGUGUCCUGCUGGGUUUAGAGUUCCUGCAUCUGAAUAAAAUCAUCUACCGAGAUCUGAAGCUGGAUAACAUUCUCAUGGAUGCUGAGGGAUUUGUUAAAAUCACAGACUUUGGACUUUGUAAAGAAGGGAUGGGCCAUGGAGAUCAGACCUCGACCUUCUGUGGGACUCCAGAGUUUCUCGCCCCAGAGGUUCUGACUGACGACACCUACACCCGCGCUGUGGACUGGUGGGGGAUGGGGGUCCUCAUUUACGAGAUGCUAGUUGGAGAGUCUCCGUUUCCUGGUGAAGAUGAAGAAGAAGUCUUUGACAGCAUCGUUAAUGACGAUGUGCAGUAUCCAGCGUCUCUUCCCGCUGAUGCCGUUUCCAUCAUGCAGAAGCUGCUGAAGAAGAACCCGUUGAAACGACUCGGAGCCGGAGAGAGAGACGCAAACGAGGUCAAAGGAGAGAAAUUCUUUGAGACCAUCGACUGGGAAGCCCUGAUGGCCAGGAAGUUAACGCCGCCGUUCGCGCCGUCGAUCAAAGAGCCCACAGAUGUCAGCAACUUUGACAGCGACUUCACUCGACUCCAGCCGGUCCUGUCUCCGCCCUCCAAGCCCUUCAGCCUCUCGGCAGAGCAACAGGAGGCUUUUGCAGACUUUGACUUCUGUGCUUUGCAUGGUUGAGCGAAGGACUGGAGACGCCGGGGGGAAAUUAUUAGCGCCAAUUUCUCGGCAUUACUGCCGGCAGCAGAUAGCAAACCAGUACCAAAUAUGCAUGUUGCCAAGUAUAAUCAUCCAGUGUUGACUUCAGUAGUAGAGUUUGCAAGAACACUGAUGUUAUUUGUUCUAGCGCUGCAUUAGCUGGUCAAUACGGAGGACGAUUAGGGCCAGUAGCAGAGGUCACGUUAACGGAAUAUUUUUCAUAUUUGACCGGUUAAUUUUUUAAACGACGGGAAAAUUUGACAGGAUAUAAUUCACACCCUUGACUGGUGCACAUGCUCAGACAUUAUAGACUUUAUGCAAAGAGUUAAUCGCAGAGGCAACUAAAUUCAAUCAAUAAAAAAAUCCUUUCUGAAUAUCAUUUCAUGGACACUGAACUAAAUGCGUCUUUCUGACCGGGAGCUGACAGCGCGUUGAAGAGCUAUGGACCGGACGCUUUGGAGAAUCUGGGUUAGGAAGCCCAUAUCAAAACUUUGGUAGAAAUGGCGCGUUUAAUUCAAGUCUCCAUUACAUACAGAACAGAGAAAACUAAAGAGAAAGCAAUGUUGAGCUAAUCCAUUUAUAGUCUAAACAGACGACCCGGCAGCUUAUCUUGAGGAAAUAAAUAAAGGUGCAGAAGUUAAUUAGACCACAACAUGCGCAGUGCACUGCACAACCAAUGCGGACGCGGCUCUGCUGCUGCGAAGAUUUAAACUUAACUUAUCCAGCGGUUUUAACAAAUGGAGCUGGAAGACAUUACCCUCCCGGCCCAGAAGGAGAGCGGCGCUCAGAAGCGCGGCAGACGUAACAUCUGUCCGUUUCGGGGAAGCGAAACCACGCAAAAAAAUCCUUGUAAAAGCCCAGGCCCGGACCGCACAGGGUAAAAAAUAGUUCAAUUGAUCGGUUUGGAUCAGACAGAUUCGACUGACCGAUGAACUAGCGCAGAUUUCUUUGUAGAUGCGACCAAGAGGAAUUUGUGAGGCUGUGCGUUCAGACCGCAGCGGGUGAAGUGCUGGUAAUUUAAGUGGAGUCGCUUAAUAUAAUUUCUUGAAAGUUAUUGGGGCCACAGUCAGUGGUUUUUGUCACGGAGAAAAAGUUAGAUGCAUUCAUCUGUUUUAUGUGUGACGGGAUCUGGAUUCACUGUCCAACGCAUAAAAAUGCAGCUAAAUAGCUGAUGCUAAUGGGAUUAUAAUUUGACGGGGAAAAAUAGUACAUGACCGAUUUUUUUAAAAUGCUGUCGGUCAAAAUGAUGGAGAACAAAAAAGCCUAGCGUGACCUGGGUCAGUCACGCUAGGCCACGCUCUGCUCAGUAGAAAAAAUUAAUUCAGAAUUAUGAGUUUACGGUGAAUAUUUUGAUAUUAAAGUCAGAAUUUUUAAUUUAAAACCAGAAUUCUGAGAUUUAAGUGAACAUUCUGUAAAAAAGUAAGACUUUUUUUUUUCUUCCAGUGGCCCUAAUGUUCUUCCGUAGGUCAAUAUUUCAGUGAAAUGGUGUAAAGUUAAUCCUCACUAUCAGCCCUUUACAAAGCCUCACUUUAGACUCUGGUAACCUCUGUUUGCUCUUGAUUGUUACACCAUUUAGACCUCAAUGACUGAUUGUAGAAGAUAAAUUAGGCAUAGCGCAACUGAAAGUGGUAUUGAUCUGUUUUGACAAGCAGGACUUUCAUCUUUUAAAUCAGUUUAAAUCUCACCGGAUCACAUUUAAAGAAAGUCUCCUGUCCCAGUGUUGACAGCAUCUUUGAAUGAAGCGGCUCAGUCAUUUACAGACAAGACAAAGCUAUCGAUGAGAAAACGCUCAGUGGGUGCGCAGUCAACAGCUAGCUGUCGAUGAGGUAAACAGUUAAUUAUUUUUAGCCAAGCAGAGUACAUGCUGGUGGACAUUAUCAUCACCUGUGUGGAGGUUUAAACUAUGAUCCAACUUUGUAAUCACAAAGUAAGCUAACACGUUGGUCACUUUAUGCCUCUAGCUUAGCGUUGUUUCUGUAAAACAUAUCCGCUCUAAUUGAAUACAUUGGAUGCUUGAAGAAAAUAUUACAUUAUUUAAUAUUUUGUAAAAAAUUUUUAGUUUAUUUUUCUAGAUUAGUCUAACAAGAACAAAAACAUGUUCUAAAUAACUGUGGAGACGCAACACGUUUUUACUAAAGAUGUGUUGAAAAUGUUCACUCACUCACUCUUCUUGCUACAUAAAGAAGAAAGUUGCAGAUAAGAUGCAUAAUUAUGCUGGAAUAUCCCCAAAUAAUGUUCCGCCAGUGGAAUGUACUGAAUUAUAAUCCUAAAACUAAAGCUAAUCCUAAAUCCUGACCUGGUGGGACGCAUUAUUCAGCUGUUUUGACUUAAAAUUGGCCUAUCUAUCUUUACGAUGCUAACAAAUGUUUUUAAAAACUAUUAGACCUACUGGUACUUGUAGCGAUAUCGUGUUGUGGAAAUUCAAUGCUAUUUUAAAACAGCUAAAACCCGCAUUUGUUAUAAUGCCUACAUUUAAAAUCUAUAUUGUUUCUUUGUUAUUAAGAGUCAUUGUGGAAAGUCCAAUGAGUGCUAGCUUGACUAUGAGAAGCUGUUAGCUUAGCUUUGAUUCACUGAGGUAGACCACGGCUGUAAAACACAUAUUUUAUCUUCAUAUUUACUCCAAAAUAAUCCCAAUCAAAACAUAAAAUAAAUUCAAAUUUGUAAAAUAUAAAUACUUAUAUUCUAACUUAGUUGUAAAUUAUUGCUAAUUUUAGUGUUCCAAGGGGUAAAUAAUCAGGUUUUUUUGCUCAAAUCAAUUGUGCAACGUGUUUAAAACUAUUGAAUAUUUGACAUAUCUUUAGGCUAAGAGCUACACUUUGUGACUCACAUGGCUGUCUUAUCGUCACAGGGUUACAAAAUUUCACUACAAUUGAAACAUUAAAUAUACAAUAUAUUCAAUAUAUUAAUUUAUAUAUCUAAUGUAAAUAAAUGAGUCACAUUUAUUAAUACCAAACCAGCCAGGUAAGGCCUUUUAAGACAGAUUUAGAUGCUUUGUGGCCUUUGCUUAUUAUCUUUAGUUAUUUACAGUAAUUAACCUUUAUGGGGACCUUCUGCAGCCGUUUCUAUGCAUCACUGUGAAAGGCUUUGCUCACUGCCUUGAGGAAUAAACAAGCUAACCCAAUGUGUGAUUUCAAAUGUUUAGUAAAUAUAUUUCACAUAUUAACUGUAGCAGAGACGAGUCGUAACAUAUCAGUCCCUUCCAAACCGUCUGGUUUAUGUUUUUGCUACAACGCCAUGGUUAGCUUGUGCACCAGAGAUCCUGUAAUAGCUAGCGUUACAAAAGAAGCCAUAGAUAAUAUAUUAUAGCCAUAGCUGUAGCUAAAUGUCUGCAUAUUUAUUUUUGCAAGUAAAAUGCUGUCCUACUGAGUUUGGAUUGGUAAGAAAAAAAGAAACAAUGAAGGGUGUAAAAGGGGAAGAAUGCUGAUAUUUUUCUUUAAAUGCAACAUAUUUUCAAAACAAAAGUUUCAGCUUUACAUUUAGUUCUUUUGUUUUUAUAUUAGUUCAUGAGACAUUGAUGAAAUCAUUUCUGUUUGGUCAAAAUACAAAAGGUUUAAAGCACCAAAAGCACUUUAACCAGCAACUGACUUUUACGUUUUGAUUCGCUACAUUAACAAAAUCCUAUGGAAGCCUAUUCCUGCCAUAGAAGGUCUUGGUAGAGACAAACUUUAAAGAUGGCUUUAUAACAACAACAAAAAAACUUAAUUGUCUUGAUAAUUCACAUGGAUUAUGACUUUUAUUAUUGUGGUUAUGACUUUAAAACUCGAAAUUGUGACAUUAAAACUGAAAAUUGUUACUUAUUGCUAAGUAAUAAUUAAAAGUAGGAUUAUUACUUUUAUUCUCAUGAUUAUAACUUUAAAGCUUGAAAUUAUGAUUUUGUUGUCAUAAUUAUGACUGUUAAAGGUGAAAUUAUGACAAUGAAACUGAAAAUUUACAUGUUGUUUGGUUUAUAACAUUAAAGCUCAAAAUUAUGACAGUACAAAUUUUAAUUAUUUCCUGUUAUUUGGAUUAUGACGUUAAAACUCAAAAUUAUUUCUUACUCUGAUGAAUAGGACUUUAAAACUAUAAAUUAUUACUUUUAUUAUUGUGAUUAUAACUUUAAAGCUUAUAAUUACAACUUUCUGUUGGGCUUUUAUAUUCUCUUAGGUGGCAGCAAUGGGAUUCCUUAAAAUAAUAAUAAUUUUAACUAAAAUUUUUAAUUCUUCCACUUGACUAACAGCUCAAAUUGUCAACAUUUAAACCCAGAUUAUUGCCAAAAUACACGUUCAUUGACAAGAAAUGGACAAAAAAGUCAAAAGUUUUCCAUAAGGAAAAACAAAAACUGACAAAUACUUGAUAUCAAAAGUCUAGAAAAGUUAACUCCAUCUAUCAAAAGUCCAACAGUCAGUGUUGAUUUUUGACAUUUUAUGCAUGGCAUCUGGAAUCCUGCUGGAUUGUAAUUUGUCUAAAAAUUAUUGAUAAAUUCUUAACUGCCGACACAAAUACAAUUAUUUUACUUUUCAUUUCCAUUUCAAACAUGUGAAAUUUACAACAAUCAUGGCUUCUCCUAUUUUUCCUGACACAAAAAAACCCAAAAAUUUAGCUUUAAAAAAUUAACAACAAAAAUAUUGGAAAACCUAAAAUUCCCAACAAUUAUUCAGUGUUGUGACGUUUAAGGAGUAACAGAAAGCCGACUGGACUGAGGUAGAACAAAGCCGUUAAACCUAGAACUCAAAAUUGUCAGGAAGACCGAAGGAUUGUUCCUAAUCCCUGCUGCUGCUUCAGCUUUGUCUCGCCAAUCUGGAAUAGAGCAUAAAAUGUACAAAAAAGAGCCAGAAUAACAUUUAUUUUUUUGUCUUUUUCCAUGAUGGAGUAUUAGGGCCAUGCU